UACCUACUGCAAACUAGUAGAGCUUGCUUCCUGCUAAAAUAAUUGCUUGAGACGAUCGCACUGCCAUCUUUGCGUUGGUCUGCACCAGACGUGUUUUGUUUCUGUCAUAUAAAUAAUAAUAUAUUGACAUUAUUAAUAAAUACAAUUGCUGACAAAAUGAAGUGGUUAACACUAUUAAGUCUGAUAGUUUUUUUAUUUGAUGUGGAGGGUCUAAAAGUAUUAGUUUGUUUUCCUUUACCGGUGAAGAGUUUAAGUAUAUUGGGGCAAGGAGCGGUCAGGCAUUUAUUGGAAGCUGGCCACGAUGUAACAUACAUAACAGUGUACCCAUUCAAGACGCAAGCGAAAAAUCUUCGUCAAAUUGAUAUCAGUACCAACGUUGCUUUAGUUGCAAAUGAUGAAACCUUGACAAUGGGAUACGUACUCCAACAUAAACUAGAAAGAAACCACCCAUAUCAGAUUCAAGAAUUUGCCACAGAAGCAGCUAGAAUGACCCUUGAACACGAAAACGUGAAGAAAAUUUUGGAAAAUCCAAAUGAGCAUUUUGAUGUUGUUAUUACCGAUUUUAUGGAAACAGAAGUAUAUUCAGGAUUUUCGGUUCUAUACAACUGUCCAAUGAUAUGGUUAUACUCUAUGGGAGCACACUGGCAAGUACUGCGAUUGAUAGAUGUCGGUACCAACCCUGCUUACGACCCAGAUUACUUAUCACCAAACAUGAUUCCAUUGACAUUCGAACAAAGGGUAGAAGAAUUGUGGUCAAGGAUUUAUUGGCAGUACCUCAAAACAUUCUACACCCAGCCUAGGGAGCAAAAAUUAUAUGAGACAGUCUUUGGUCCUCUUGUAGCUAAGCGUGGAAGAACGCUUCCAGAUUAUGAAGAUAUAAUGUUCAAUUCUUCGCUAAUAUUCGCAAAUGAGCAUGAUGCUGUUCGCAAUCGACCAAGCACUCCACAAAACUUCAAGUACAUCGGUGGAUUCCAUAUUGAGGAACCUGUGAAGCCACUGCCAAAGGAUCUCCAAGACCUUAUUGACAAUUCGAAGCAUGGCGUCAUAUAUUUCAGUAUGGGAUCGUUUUUGAAAAGCAAUUCUUUGCCAAGAGCACUAAUCAUGGAAAUACUCCAGAUGUUUGGAGAACUCAAACAAACAGUUAUUUGGAAAUUCGAGGAUAAUACCUUACAAAAUGUCCCAAAGAACGUCCAUAUUGUUAAUUGGGCGCCACAACCCAGCAUUUUAGCUCAUCCGAACGUCAAAAUGUUCAUCUCACAUGGAGGUCAGCUCUCAUCCUUAGAAGCCAUCCACUUCGGAAAGCCGGUCAUAGGAAUACCAGUGUUCUUCGACCAAUUUACAAAUAUCUUCAAGGCAACCCGCAAUGGAUACGCCCUAAAAGUGCCGCUGUCCCAAAAUUUGCCAAAAGACUUGAAACCUGCCAUUAACACUUUUUUAACCGAUGAUCGGUUUGCCAACAAAGCCAAGGAGCUGUCUGCCCUCUACCAUGAUCGCUUGACAAAGCCAGGUCCAGCUCUUGCUUACUGGGUGGAAUACGUAGUGCGCACGCGCGGUGCUCCUCACCUACGCUCUCCAGCUCUUCACGUACCUUUAUAUCAGCGUUUAUAUCUAGACCUCCUAGCAAUAAUACUCAUUAUUGUAUCCGUAUUGAUUUUCAUACUUAAUAGAAUAUUGAGGAAAGGAAGUUCCCAAAACAAUGAUCAGAAGAAAAGAAAUUAAUAAUUAUUUUUUGGUAACAACGAUGAUAUUACGUUGAUAAAUAUAGAUUUGAAAUAGUACAGACUUUGUCAUAAAAUUAAACUCGUUCGUGUACAGUUUUGUGGGGCACUGACUUGU